AUGUCGUCAUCAGCAACAGCCACCAAAGUCACUGCCACGAGGGGCGGGGCCGCCUGUGAUGCCGGCACGAUUCAGCAGUCGACCAUUUACAAGGGAAUCGUGACGCCCAUCAUCUUCGUCUCAUUUCUGCUCUCCCUUGUUUGGGUAGACAUCAGAUACACCCUCAAGAGAUCACGAAAUCGCGGCCAUGAUCACGGCGGCGGUUGGAUGCCCGCCUGGCUACACAGCAUUAUGUAUCGGCGCUCCCCGUACGAACACGUUCAGACGAGAGAUCGAUCGAGGACGCCAAGUCCGAAAGACGAACAGAGCGACUUUUACUAUCACAGCAAACAGAAGAAGCUGAUGCACAUGGAAGUCGACGACGCCUUCGAGCUUGGAUUCGAAGUGUUUCCCGUUGUCUUGGAGUACACCGGCACAACCUGCCAGUACAAUUCAUGGGUUUCUCGUGUACCUGCGGGCGAGCCUCGAAUAGGAGAGGAGGGUUUUUGGAAGACGUAUCAGCAUGUGCGACACAAGCCACAAGUGUACCAAUUCAGGAGCUUCUCGGGUAUGAAUUUCGCAGAGGAGAUCGACUGCAAAGAGGGCAAUGUCCUUGACGAAAGGCAUGUUGCUUGGGAACGGGCUCGCCGUGGCGUCUUCCAGCAAGGGCCACACGAGCAGCGCCAGGUCGACGAAGAGCGGCGAGCUCGUGAGAUGGACUCCAAGUGGUACCAAAAGAUCAUCCCUGGGACGACUGCCGACCUCGGCAAAUACUUCGCACCAGCCAUCAUGAUAGUACCUCUGAAAACGCAGCUGGACCUUAUUGUUUCGGCAGAGUACCCGCAGCCCGUUGUGAAUGUCUGGCGGUAUCUGCUCAGACAAUGCGAGGAGUCUGUGACACCGGCGGUUUAUUUCAAAGGUCUGAAAGGCCUGUGUCAGUUUGCGCUAUCAAAAGCAGAUGACCCUACUUCCAACAUUCGCAGCUUGCGGCUCUGCGGUAUAAAGACACGAGACCGACAAGAGUGGGUUGAUGCGAUGGAUCCGGGGCUUAUGGGUGAUCUGAUCAUGACCGCCCUGGUAUUCAAGGACAAGGAGCUUUUCGAGUACCUCGCCGCCGAGACGCCAGUUCAUCCAGGAGUCAACUACAGCUGGCUUUGCCAAAACGCAAACGCCUACGGCUAUUCCGUGGCAGUUGUACUGAAUGCACUACGUCGGUUUCUGUUCCAGAACCGCAACUUUUUACGAAUUGCUUCCACUAUCAACAAGAUGCCCGCGUAUCCGGAGGAUAGCGAUGAAAGCGAAAUCGCCAUGGACCUUGCGAAGGAGGCUAUGGCUGUCCAUCUGGAUGGCCCGGUUACAGCAAGUCACGGCCGUGCCAUGGCAGAUUUCCUGAAGUUCUUCAAAGACUUUCCCGCCUGGAGUGCAACGGUCGACGCGGUCAUCAGUCAACCUCGUGAGCUGUGGAAGAAUACUUCGUUCAGCCUAAGUCUGCUUAAUAGGAUGCUUGAGGUGGCGAAACGCGAUUCGCUGCCACUUGAUCAGGUGAAAAUGUUCUAUCGAAAGUACGAGAAUCUGAUCAUCACCACCGACUCACCUGGCCAGGUCGGUAUUCUAAUCAGCACCACCUUGAAAGACCGAAGCCCGGAGGCCAAAAUCGCAAGACAGACUUGGAAAGAGCCGGAGCCGACAGACGGAAAUAUCCAGGAUCAGACUGCUUCGCACCCAAUCAGCUUCGCGGUCAUUGCUGGUCUCUUCAGGAGCCUGGACAGCCUGGAUAUGCACGAGGAGGUAGCUAACCUCGUCGACCUGAUCGUCAAGAACCGAGACGAAAUCAAGCCCAUUCAUAUGGCAACACUGUGGCUGCCAUGCCUCAGAGUCCUGCAAGAUCUUGUCGAAGAGACUCCGACAUUCCAAAAGCUCUUCCAAACAAUCUUCGAGCUCUACCAUAAGAUGGUGUUCGAGGAUGACUCUCUGCAGUUCGAAGAGGCACCGGGGUCUAUUUCGCCAAUGUCGCCGUGCUGCAAAAACUGCAAGUAUCUGGAUGCUUACUUGGAACAACCCGGCUGGAAGAAGUUCCUCGUAGUGAAACCCAGGAACGUCAUCGAGCACAUCCAGGAGCGACUCCGCGAGCAGAACAAGCCAAUUGAGACAACGGUUUACGGCAAAAACGAGAGUUCUAUCACGAUACAACUCAACAAGGCUUCUCUGGUCAACAAGGAGGUCGGAAAUAUCAAGAAGCUGAGAAAACAAGAGGCAACCAAGACCGUACGACAGUUCGAGCCCGAGAGACUGCUUCCAUUUCUUGGAGAGAAGGGUGACAUCAUGUGGAAGCUCGGAAACGCAGACGCCUCAGAUUCGUCGAUGCAGCAGACUCCAGCUAGGACGGUGGACUCGCCUUCUAGCGGCGGUUCGGGAUUGUCGCGGACAAGCUCAUCAUCCUCCGCGAAUACGUCCAUGGGCUCUGAUGCGUCACCGUGCAGGGACACUCGCGACCCGGUCGCGAAGAGAGAACCUCUCGGUUCAACCCACAGCAGAGUGACGCCCAAGAUAGAGCCUGGUAGUGAAUCGGCGCGUGUAAAGGUCGAGGGCACACCCUCGAGCUCUGCCAAGCGUCCCAAAGACAUCCGCGAUAUGUUCGCGUCCGUCAAGAAGGAGAAGACGCCAGGCGGCACCCAGAAUCUUCUCAGCACCACUGGCCUGUCUACGAGAGAUCGACUGAAGAACCUCCAACCACCGAGGCGAGAGCCCGCGCCCCAGUUCAAAGAUUAUUCAAAAAUGCCGGACCCGACUCAGCGUGUUCGGGGAUCACUCGGAAAAGCACCGGCGACGGAAGGAGCCAGCAGCAGCAGUUCGAUCAAAACCGAGACCCCGACGACGAGGGAUCCACUGGCGGCUUUCGGGGGUAUCCGUAGUCGAGGAGGAGCAGUACGCAACGGCGUGCGAAAGUCCACGUUUGCGAGCGCGCCUGGGCUCGCGAACAGGGCCAACGCCACACCAGGACCGUCAUCCGCAUCGCCUGCGUCCUCAUCACGCAGCUCCGGAGGCCCGGACUUCAUGUCCGCCGUUCUGGAGGCGGAACGCGCAAGAAAGGGCCGAUCUAACAAAUCGACGUGGGAGGUGAAGACGGAGUCCGGAAACGUCGUCAGCUCCGGCACGGCCUCCUCGGCCAUGGGCAAGUCGAGGUUCGAUGGCCUUGAUAAGGACAAGGAGAAUAUCAGGAGCCUCGGCAAGACGUCGAGGCGUUCGGGCAUCUCCUCGUCGGGCAUUCUCUCAUCACGGUCUCCCAACGCGGGAACGGGCGCCGGUAGGGUUUCUACUUCUAUGGCGGGAAGCAAGAGGAAGGCGGACCACGAUGUCAUCGACCUGUGCAGCAGCAGCCCUGAGCCGGCCACGAGCAAGCGCCAGAAGACGUCUGCUCCGGUUUUUGAUCCCUUGGACGACGACCCUUUCGCGGAUUAG